GUGAGCCCAUCUCAUGGCUGGAAAUAUUCUACCAAAAAUUUCCAAUAAAUCAGAUCGGUUAAACAGUUAAUGGAACCAUUUUCUCGUUUGGUUUUUGGUGAAUGUAUCAGCAGAAAGCAUGAUGGAGUCAGGCGCGAAGGAGGAACAGAGCGUGGUCGGAUACAACAACAACAACGUGAAGAAAGCCAAGUUGCAUUCAACACUCGCCGCUCUCCUCGACGACCCAAUCCUCGCCGAUGUCCCUAAGAAACCCACUUUAUCCGAUGUCGAUACCCUCAUCAGCCUUGAACUGGGGAGUGCCAUGCGCAUCUCCAUCCUCAAAUUAGAUGGAACCUCCUUCGAUAUUGCGGUGAUGAAUUCGGCCACGGUGAAAGACUUGAAGCUCGCAAUCAAGAAGAAAGUGAUCGAGUUCGAGCAGUCCAAGAUGGGUCAUCGCCACAUUUCAUGGAGGCACGUAUGGGCCAAUUUCUGCCUAGCACACCACAAUGAGAAGCUGCUUGAUGAGGGAGCUGCUCUUCAGGAUUUUGGUGUUCGAAAUAACUCUCAGGUACAGUUUGUGCCUUAUGUUGUGUCAAAGGGUUCUGGGAGCCAUUCCAAGAGGAGAAAACACCGUUUCUUCCAUGGCCUGAACAAGCGUUCAUGAAUACAUAUUCAAUCAUGUUACUGAUCUCAUGGCUCAAUGGUGAUCUUUCCCUACACAUACACAAACAUGCGAAAGUUCUUGUUAUCUAAUCUAAGUCAUUCUAGAAAUUCAUAAGUAUUACAUUUUGGGCUGAUUUGCUGAAAUAUUUAGGUGAUUUGUUGAUAAAUUUUUGCUUGAAGACACAUGUAGUAGUACCAUAUAUGAUGUAAAACUAAAGGAAUAAUACAUGAUGCUUGACAGGGACUUGAUUCUGAAAUUUCAUUUCUUAAUAGAUGUUCCUUUGAUUGCAAC